CUGAACAAUCUAAGUGGAUCCAUUCCAUUGGAAGUAUGGAUGCUACCAAAACUCUCCGACUUGAUCAUGUGGGGAAACAACUUCUCCGGUGAAAUCCCAAAAGGCAUAUGCUUAAAUGGAGGCAAUCUGCAGAGACUUAUUCUCAACAACAAUCAAUUCUCCGGAGCAUUUCCAGAAUCACUCACAAAUUGCACCAAUCUCACUUGGUUAUCCCUCUGUGAUAAUCAGCUACAGGGGGAAAUCCCAGCCAACAUCCAGAACCUCCAAAAACUCAGCAUUCUGCAGCUGAGUAACAACUCCCUCACCGGAGCUAUCCCACAAGAGCUUGGCAAUUGCAGUAGCCUUAUAUGGCUCAAUUUAAGAAGCAAUCAAUUUACCGGUAAAAUCCCAACAGAACUUGCAAAUCCCAGAUACCAAAGUCUCAGAGUUAGGUACACUGGAGAGAAGAAAGAAGCUGAAGAAAAUAAGUGCGGAAAAUAUGGCAGAAUAUCUGUAAAAUUACUAUAUUUCAAGGGAAUCCGACCAGAAAACCUGGUGAGAUUCCUGGAUCCGAACACUUGUUUGUCGGUGAGUUUCAUCAGCGUCUCUGUUGUUCAGACACCAAAGCCCCAGGGCAGCCUUGUAUACCUGGAUCUAUCUUCCAAUUUCCUGUCCGGAUCGAUCCCCCAUAGCCUGGGUUACAUGCACUCCUUGUCCUACCUCAAUCUCGGAUACAACAAUCUAACGGGAACUAUCCCCGACGUGUUCAGAAAUCUUACAGUGCUGGAAGUUGUCUACCUGUCUCACAACCAUCUCGACGGCCAAAUUCCGCUGUCGUUGGCGUCGUUGCCUCGGCUUAUUGACAUGGAUCUUUCAAACAACAGUCUCAGCGGCCCAAUACCACGGACGAGGCAGCUCUUGUUAUUUCCGGCAUCUAGAUUCGAGAACAAUUCGGGGCUGUGCGGACACCCGUUGCAGGCUUGUGUAGCUUCGGAGGAUACUUCUGAGGAGGAGGAAUUGGAGUGGUGGUUCUGGUUUGUUGUUGCGAUGGGGUUCAUCUCUGGGGUCGUGUGUGGGAUAUCUUUCGCAGAAAUUUGGUCUGGAAGAAUUCGAUAUCUGUUAGGGUAUGUCAUUAUUCUGAUGGAAUCGAAGGGGACGACACUGUUGAAGAAAUGCAGUUAAAGACAGGAGCCUAAUUUUUUUUUUUUUUCUUUUAAUUGCUGUUAAAGACAAAGCCUAAUCAAAGGAUGAAAUUGCGGUAUCAUACUAGUUUUAUUAAUAAGCCAGUGGUGCAGAAAUAAAUUUUUUUUAUAAUU